AGGAGCCCAAGGGUGGGACUUAGGGCAUGGGAGAUUUGAUUUCCUAGAUUUUCUGCUCUGAAAGACACUUGUAUAUGACCUAUUCCUCUCAUGAUUUGGGGUUGGCUCAGGCCACAAAUCCCCUGCAGGCUCGGUGGGUACCUUCCAAUUUUAAGUUCUGCAUUAAUCAGGGUGACUCCUGCCUGGGAAACCAAAAUUAGAUAUUCUCUACCGGGGGACUUUAAUCUUUUCUUCUCUUUUUUGGACUUCAAUCUUUUCUGAGCACUGACCCUUCCAAGAAUCCAACAGAAGCUACGGAUCCUCUCUCCAGAAAACAGAACCGACGCAUAUUCAAACAAAAUAGUUAAUUUCAUUUUGCUUCCGUAGUGCUCUGAGAUACGGGGCCUUCCUGUUUUCUGUCUCCAAGCUCCACCCAUGAGUUGCUGAGCAUCAGAAAGGUCAGUGAGAUUUCCUCUCACCUUGGACUGUGACUUCAAUGGCUCUGGAGCCCUUGGUCUCUUCUUAGCCUGAUUCCCACCUGUCUCCAGCGUUCCUGGGAAGUAACAUGUGCUCCCAAAGGAGGAAGCCGUGUCUGGCUCUGGAACUUCUCCUGCUGUUUCAUUUGGUCUCGCCAACCAGCACUCAAGGUCAUUCAGAACAGCGGGUGACUGCCAUCUCUGGCACCAACGUGAGUCUUCCUAUCUCCAAUUUGCCUGCUAAGUACAUACAACUCACCUGGUUUUACACCACCAAUCAGAAGAUUCUAGAAUGGGAGUCCAACCAGACUCUUCUCUUCGACUCUGAAUUUAAGGGCAGGGUCAGUCUUGGUCAAAGCCAGGAUCUGUGCAUCCAUAAUGUCCAGAAAAACGACAGCAGCACCUAUAUCCUCAGGGUGUUGACGGAUUCUGGGACAGAGAAGGAGUGGCACACCCGACUGGAGGUAUACGAUCCUGUACCUAAACCUGAGAUAGAAAUCCAGAAGACACAGGAAGUGGACAAUAGAUGUCACCUGCAGCUCUCAUGCAGGAUCUCAAACCAGUCCAUAAACUAUACCUGGUAUAGGGACUCAGGGCCCUUUCCAACAGGGCUCCAGAAUUCUGUGCUUGAAAUCAUCGUUGAGCCAAAUAACUACUCCACGUUUUACACCUGCCAAGUCAGCAAUCCCGUGAGCAGCAAGAAUGACACUGUCUAUUUCACCUCACCUUGUAAACUAGGCAGAUCCUCUGCAGUAGCUUGGAUUGUGACAUGGCUAAUUGUCAUGGUACCCAUUGUUCCUGGCCUCCUCUGGACCUGAGACAAGCUCUCCUAACUCAAGACAGCUGGGUCUUGCUUUCAUCAGCAGCCAAGCUGUUAUCCAAGGCAGAAGCUCUGACUACAUGGGAUGAUAGAAAGUGUGCCAUUGAAACAUCUACAAGGAUUUUCAAGUUAACUUUUUAAAAACUACAGUAAUAUUUUAUUUUAUAUCUUCUACUUAUUUUCCAACAUAGUUGCGUCGAUACUCCUAUAUUCUUCCCACCAAAACAUGUGAUCACAUCAUGCAAUGUUUUCUUGUUUAAAUAAACGACGUGACCAUCAAUGUCAAACUGCCAGACCACGUCUACUCCAUUGGCCUGAACACAUGCAACACAAAGGAGAAGAGCCUGGGACCAUAGGCUCCUAUGUGUUCGUGUGUCCGAGGUGUUAAUUUGUGCUGUCUCUGACUCUUGCUCCCACAUCCAUGCCAAAUCUCCUGGGCUUCCAGCUCCUCCCCCCAAGUUCUGGCCUCCUUUCUGAGGAGCAUGUUCUUUAGGUUUCCUGGGAAUAUGGCGCUAGGCUUACCCCUCCGGAGUGAGUAGGAGUGAGCAUGCAGCUUUGCCACAUAGAAAGGGUCCCUCUCAAACCUUUCCUGGGGAGCCGAGCACCGCCCCCUCCCUUUGCGAGCAACUCUUCAAGUCCUACCUGUGUCACAGGAUCUCAUAAAACCAACAAAUGAACAAAAUGUUCUCACUAGGGUCUUCCAUUACAGGAAGGUAGGAGCCUCCAUCCCAGGCCCAGCACUGACAGAACACCUGGGAGUUCUGCUGUGUCUUCAACUCCUCCAAGGCUUUCAUGGGCCUGGAGCUGAGAGGGCCUCUCAAGGAUGUAUUCCCCUUCAGGGAACGGUCCCACCACAGAUCACUUUUCCUCUACAGCAAACCAGCCUUCCCUGCCAUCCAGCCCUCCUCCAGCCAGAACAUGCCGUGUGCUCUCAUUUUCCUCUUGGGCUAUGCUGGUUAAUUUUCUGUGUCAACUUGACUGGGCCACAGAGGUGACCAGAUGUUUGACGGGUUUUGAUGUUUGACUCAACAUUAUUCUGUGUGUGUGUCUGUGAGGGUUUUCUGGAUAAGAUUAACAUUUGAAUCAGUAGCCUGAGUAAGGCAAAUUUUCUUCCCUAAUGUAUAUGGGCGUCAUCCAAUUAGGUGAAGGUGUGAAUAGGCUUACGUCCCAUGAGUCCGGAAAAAUUCCCUCGGCCUGACUGCUUUUGACCUGGGACAUUUGGAUUUUUUUCCCUGCCUUCAGAUGCCAUCUGCAGUCCUGGGUCUCCAGUCUGAUGACUCAGAUCUUGGGCCUUGUCAGCGUCCGUAACUGCAUGAGCUAAUUCCUUAUAAUAGAUGUGUGUGUGUUUGUGUGUGUGUGUGUGUGUGUGUGUGUGUGCAGCUCUUAUUGGAGCUGGAGCUGGAGAAUCCCAAUACAUGGGCCAAAAGGAAAGCUACCUUUUUCAGCUCCCUUUCCAUUUUGCUGGGGCCAUGUGACUGGUUGUAGCCAACAGAAAAUGGAUGGAGUUAAAAAAAAAAAAAAAAAAAGAAAAUGGAUGGAGUUGAUGUGACAAGAAGUGAGGGGCUCUGAGAAGUGGAGCCACAUAAUGCAAGGGUCCUGGGUCCAAGCCAUUGCAUGGAAGCCGGUUGCCUGGCCUACACCGAACAUACAUAAGAAAGUUUGGUGUUUGUUUGUCACCACGAGAUAGCCUGGGCUCCCUAAAACUCUCACCAUCUCCUUCAGUCCAGCCUGUGGUUCCGUCCCAGCCUCACCUCUGGUCGGCUUGCACCUUCUGGUGGGACUGUCCGUGUCUCUUUUUUACAUGCAAUGUCCUUCCCUUUUACUUCACUGUUUUUGUGGCAGAAGAGGUUUUCUUGAAGGGACAUGCACACAAAUGUGCACAAAUAGAAUCAAAGAGCAUUUCUGGGGAAAAGCAGUAAGAGGAAAGAAAUGUCACUUUCUAUCCAGAAUAAGCACAGUCCUUCACAGCCAAGGAACAUGCGCACCUCCCCAGGCAACAGGUUUCCAUCGGAUCUCGUUCCUUGAAGACCAGAGGCAAAUACUGCCUUUGCCAGCCCAGGUCACUGGCACAAACUGUUCCCUGCCUCUUUCCCUUAAGGCAGUGCCAGAUACGUAUUUUGUUGGACUAAGUGUGGAAUGAAAAUGUGGGGCCUCUCGUUCAAAAAGAAGGGAAAAAGUGUCACCAAAUGCUCUAAAAUAUAAAGUUUUGUCCUUUAUUCUGCAGCCUUUCUGUACUUGCGAUGAUUUUCUAAAAUGCCUAUUUAAUGUUCUAAGUAAAGGAAAUUUAAGAUUUAAGUUAUUAUUAUGAAUUUUAUUGUUUACAUUGUGCCAUGUUAGUUUUGAACAAAAUAAAGAAUACUUAAUUUGUGAAA